CGUCUUGUCAGCUAGCGCUCAGGAUGGACUGCAGAGAGUCGGCGUUAUUAGUGUCCGUUCUCCUCUUGGCUUUGGAUUUGUGCUCUGCUCAGAAUUAUGUCCUGAGCGAUGACGGAGGGCUGGGAAGGGUUUUUGAUGGAAUUGGAGGUUUAAGCGGCGGAGGGGCGACGUCUCGGUUACUGGUGAGUUAUGCGGAGCCAUACCGCAGCCAGAUACUAGACUUCCUGUUUAAGCCAAACUUUGGAGCUUCUUUGCACAUUCUGAAGGUGGAGAUCGGAGGAGAUGCGCAAACUACUGAUGGAACAGAGCCGUCUCACAUGCGCUAUGAAAAUGAUGAGAACUACUACAGAGGCUAUGAGUGGUGGCUUAUGAAAGAGGCCAAGAAGAGGAACCCAAAUAUCACACUCAUAGGUUUGCCCUGGGCGUUUCCCGGUUGGGUGGGCCGUGGCAAGAACUGGCCCUAUGACUACCCGGAUGUCACUGCAACAUAUGUGGUGAACUGGAUCCUUGGUGCCAAGCAGUACCAUGACCUAGACAUUCAGUAUGUUGGGAUCUGGAAUGAGCGAAGCUUUGACAUCAAGUACAUUAAGCUGCUGCGAUACACUCUGGAUAAGAGUGGUCUGGAGAGGGUCAAGAUCAUAGCCAGUGACAACCUGUGGGAGCCCAUUGCCUUCUCUCUGCUGCUAGACCCUGAGCUGAGCACAGCUGUAGACGUGAUAGGGGCUCACUACCCGGGUACCACCACAAUAACAGAGGCCCUGAAGACACAGAAGAAGCUGUGGUCGUCAGAGGACUACAGCACCUUUAACAAUGAGGUGGGAGGAGGUUGUUGGGCUCGUAUCCUCAACCAGAACUAUGUCAAUGGACAAAUGACUGCCACAAUCUCCUGGAAUCUGGUGGCCAGUUAUUAUGAGGAUCUCCCAUUCGGCAGGGACGGGCUCAUGACAGCUGAGGAGCCCUGGAGUGGCAACUAUGUGGUCGAGUCUCCAAUUUGGAUCACGGCCCACACCACACAGUUCACCCAGCCAGGAUGGACCUACCUGCAGACUGUUGGACAUCUGGCACAAGGUGGAAGCUAUAUUGCCUUGACUGAUGGGAAGGGAAAUCUCACUGUUGUCAUAGAAACAAUGACUCACAAUCAUUCAGUGUGCAUAAGACCUCCACUACCUCCCUUUAAUGUAACAUCCCAAAAUGCAACUUUCUGGCUAAAGGGGUCUAUUGCAUCCAUUAAAGAGCUCCAAGUGUGGCGGUCACAGUUUGACUUUAAGACGAACAAGCCCUCCUUUUUUGAGAAACUAAAACCAUUGAAGCUUGUAGAUGGCUCGUUUACCCUGAAUCUGGCUGAAGACGAGGUUUACACACUGACCACUGUUAUCACAGGAAGCAAAGGCAGCUAUCCCGACCCACCUCCCUCAGCUCGCUUUCCUAAAGUGUACAAGGAUGACUUUGAUGUUCGAAGGCCACCUUUUUCAGAAGCUCCAUACUUUGCUGAUCAGACAGGAGUGUUUGAGUACUACAUUAACCUGACUGAUCCUGGACCUCACGUUUUCACCUUAAGACAGGUUCUGACAGAAAGGCCCAUCACAUGGGCAACGGAUGCUGAUCAGACCAUUAGUGUCAUCGGAGACUAUUACUGGCAGAGCCUGACAGUGACAUGUGACGUCUUCAUGGAGAAGAUGAAUGCUGGUGGUGUAUUCAUAGCAGCCAGAGUGGAUAAAGGGGGACAGUCAAUCCGCAGUGCUAAAGGAGUCUUCUUCUGGGUGUUUGCUGAUGGCACCUACAAAGUUACCAAUGAUCUUGUUGGCGAGACUGUACUUGCAGAGGGACAGUCUGGUACUGAGGUACAUAGCUGGUACACCUUGUCACUCACUGUAAAAGGACAGUAUGCAUCAGGGUCACUGAAUGGAUACCCUCUGUGGAAGAAUGCUGUGGUACUGACCCCAAAGGCUGGCUGGGCUGCCAUAGGAACACGCUCAUUUGAACUGGCCCAGUUUGAUAACUUUGCUUUGGUGGCAGAGUGAUGAAUUAACUUUAAAUCAUGAUUUACACUAUGCUGAAUGUCCUGAUUCGUUUAUGGACUUGAUUAGUACUUUACAGCCGAUAGCUUCAAGCAUAAUAAUGAUGUAGGUGGAAAAUUUUGGGCGAUGUAUUGACAGAAAUGGGUUAUAUUAUUUAAUUACCAUGUAAUUAUGCAUCACUGUGUUUUUGUUGGAAUGAUCCUGUCAUAUCAAACCUCAGUCCUGAACAGAAACUAAUGUCUUUCUACAGCUCACAGCCAACAAAACACUGGUUUAAGACCUUUCUUUGAAGAGAUGCCAAGACUUCAAGAUAAGGCUGGAAUUGUUUUGGGGCAUAACUUGUAGUGAAUCGUGUGUUUGUAGCACAUCAGAAUCCAUCACACUUGUACAGGAUGUGCCUUAUAGCCUGGUGUUAGAAUCAAAUGACCAUAUUAGUAUUUGGUGUUAGCCGUGUAGUUGGCUUGUCACUACCAUAGGAGCAUCCCUCAGUUUCCUCAAUGGGCUCCACCCCUCAUUUGUUGCAUCUGUUUUCAAAACAGCUAAGUUUCAACACACCACACUUUUCGGAAAUAAUACUUAAUGUCUUGGCGGUUGCCUCCAUCUCCAUCUUUUUAUAUACAGUGUAUGUGGAGGAAAAAAAUAUACCAUAUGGCACUGAAUCCUGGAACUUUGUUUGAUGUGAUUGUAAAUGAUUUUGUAGUUUGACUUUAUAUUGUGUUAACUGCUUUGAAUAAAUCAAAUAGAAAGCCAA